AUGACCGAUCUCACCGUUGAGUUCUCCCGUCUCUGCGAGGCGAAAGGCAGCCCUCCAAUUCCACCCAACCGGUACCUCGCCGUCGACCGAGCCGAUGAAUUCCUCAAGGAAGCACACCGCAUCAACUCCCACAUCUCCUCCCUCCUCAAAUACCUCCACUCCAUUCGCCCGUCGUACCUCUCCAUCACCGCGGCGCCCCGUCACACCACCAGUGCCAGUAUUAGUACCUCGACGCCGACUCGCCAACCCACCGACCCGAAAUCCAAACCCCUCUCCGACUCCGACCGCGACAAUGUCGACUCCUCAACCACCCUCCUCCUGCACGAUCUCAGCUCCUCCAUCUCGACGCUCUCUUCCGCUGAAACCCUCCGCCAGGAUACCCAAGCUGGUGUGCUCCGCAAGAAAUACGGCCACGGCGGCGCCGCUGCCCGCUUACUUUGGAAAUGGGCCGGUGGGGACGCCUUGUCUAGUUCGACAGGGGUAGAUGGAGAUGGAGAAGGAGAAAGUGAAGAGGGGAAAACAGACGAGCAGAUCCGCGACGAGGCGCUCGAAAAAACGACCAAGGCGGUGCGCGAGAACGUGCUGUGGUUCUUGAGACGGGGGCUUGAGGAUGCCGUGAAGGUGCAGCGGGAGAUGGUGGAACGGCGGAUUGAGCGCGUGCGCGAGAAGGAGAAGAGUGUGUUGUAUAAGGCUGCGUCUGGUGGUGGUGGUCGACCGAGGGGGGUUUCGUCUGCGGGUCAGAGUUCGAAUUCGACUCGGAACCAGAAUCAGGGAUUCGUGGAUUCAGGCGAUGCCUAUCUCUAUGAUAAACCCCGUUCGACGAUGGAUGAUGCCGAGGUUAAGGCUAUCGAGGCGGAGUUGUCGCCGGAGCAGCUACAGCUGUUUGCGGAGGAGAAUGACUCCAUGGUGAAGUAUUAUGAGGAUACAUUGAGUAAAGUACAGUACGUUUUCCUUCCUUCCUUCCUUCCCUCCCUUCGUUCCCCUCCCACAUUAUUUCACUUGCAGAGAGACAACCCCAAAAGAAAGAAAGAAACAGAACUAACGUAUAUAUUAUUAUAG